AUGGACAUGUACACUUUUUUGAACGAAGCAAACAGCGUGAAGGGAAUCCCUGUCAAUGACUCGGAAUCCUCGCUCGGUACGGCAGUCCAUGGGCAGCAGGUGGAGGCGGACCGUUAUCAGGCUACUGUCUGCAGUAUAACGAAACAAUCACUGAAAAUCGGAACAUGGAAUGUAAGAACACUGUUCCAAAGUGAGAAGCUGGAUAAUGUGAAGCUAGAAAUGACACAAUUGAAGGUAAAUAUCCUAGGAAUAUGUGAAACGAGGUGGACGGGCAGCGGUGAGUUCAACAGCGAUAAUUUCAGGGUGCUAUAUUCAGGUGGAGUAAAACACGAACAAGGAGUUGCUAUGAUACUGGACAAAGAAAACGCGAAGAGCUUGCUAGGAUGGUGGGCUUUGUCAGAUAGAGUCAUGCUGAUAAAGUUGAAAGGUAAACAAAUAGAUCUCAGCAUCAUUCAGGUAUAUGCACCAACGACUGCAAGUGGUGAAGAAGAGAUCGAUGAAUUCUACGACACAUUGGAGAAAACUAAAAAGCAAUGUAAGUCUAUGGAUGUCACAGUCAUAAUGGGGGACCUAAAUGCAAAGGUAGGAAACGAGGCAGAUGAAGAAACAGUUGGAAAGUUUGGUCUUGAAAGGGGAGAAAAAUGGGUUCAGUGGUGUAAAGCAAAUGAGUAUGUAUUAACCAUGAUCGACUACAUUGCUAUCGAGAAACGGUAUAGGAGUGCAAUUAAGCACUCAAAGGCAUACCCAGGAGCAGACUGUGGUAGUGAUCAUAACCCAGUCAUAUGCGAGUUAAAGGUUAAGCUUAAGACAAUCAAGAAAGGAAAGACAACUCCAUUGAAAAAACAAACCAUUCGAGAAGAAUAUGCGGUGGCUGUGCAAAAUCGAUUUAAUGUGCUUGAAGACCAAGGAAAGUGGGAAACAUUUAAAGAGGCGCUGGUGUCGGUAGCAAAAGAACUUAUACCUAAACGUGAGAAAAAGUCAAAGAGCAAGUGGAUGACGAAUGAGAUCUUGGACAGAAUGCGCUCUAGGCAACAGCUUUAA